UUAGAAUUUUGUGCCCGCUAGAGGCCGGGAAAGUGUGCUGACAGCCAUCUUUAUUAGGGGCAGACGCCGCGGCUACGGAGAGCGAGUGAGGCCAGGAAACUUUCGACUGCAAGCUGGUGAGUCCAGGCGCCCGCGGGUGUGGAGCGCCACGGGAUGCGGGGAGGUGUCGGGCGUUAGGUUCGUUUGGGACCCGCCCUGCCAUGGCCUGGGCACCCCGAUCCGGUGGCCUUCUGCCUCCUCUCUCUAACGAACCCCCGUCGUGGGCGCAUCCCGUGGGCGCUGGGAAUGAGCGGGGCGAGGGGAGUCGCGGAGGGCCUGGGCUGCUCGCUGCGGGGGGCGUCCCGCGCCGGGACUCCGACAGACAGCCCUGGGAGCCCGCAUCGGCCAGCGCCCCGAUGCCCUUCGCUCUGCAGCGGCUCCGGGCCACGUUGCUCCGUCUGCACCGCGAGCGGGAGCAGCUCCUGCGGGCCCGGGACUGCGCCCGCCACCUGCAAGCGGUCGUGCGGCUGCUCCGCUCCAGCCCGUCAGCUAGUGCCCUCUCCCUGCAACAGCUGCACGGCGACUUGCAGCUGUGCCCUUCGCGUGGGGCGGCUCUGCGUCUCGGCCUCCCGGGCUCCAGCGAGACACUUCUCCUGGCUCGCCCCGUCGGGCUAGCAGCCCAGCGCCUGGAUGCUGCCAUCGAGAUGCAGCUUCGCGCCCUAGGCAGGGCACCCGCCAGCCUGGGCCUGACGUCCCAGCUAGCUGAACUGUUGCUGGUCCUUCCCUUCUACCACACGCUACAGAGACAAGUCGUGAGCAGCGUUCCUGGGGCCGCGCGCCCAUUCCCGGCGACCCGUGUGCUCCAUCUCCUGGGUGCUGAGCGGGGUUGUCAGGUAGCACAUAGACUGGCUGAGGCCCUUGGCGGAUCGAAUUUACAAGACCAACUCCGUCGGCAGUGCGACGAGGAACGAGAGCUGCUGCCGGGGCUGCUCGGUCUAAUAGGGGGCGUGGCUAGCACCGACAGCAGUGGACUGAGGCUCGGAGGGCCUGGAGCCCUGUGGAGCCAGUAUUGGACCUUGCUGUGGGCAGCCUGUGCUCAGAGUCUGGAACUAAGCGUGGGACCCUGGGGGGACCCUAGAGCAGUGGCCCAACAGCUGAGUCAGGCACUGUGUCAAGCACCCCUGCUUCAGGAGUGUGAGAAGGAGCUGUUGUCUCUGUGUCACAGCCUGCAUCAUCGGUCUCUUGUCUGGAGCUGGGACCAAGGUAAGGAGAGAGGGAUAUUGGGGUGGCCCAGGAGUCAGUUUGCUCCCCACUUCAGACUAUAUUCUGUCAUUCCAGGGUUCUGCCAGGCCUUGGGAUCAUCCCUGGCGGGUCAAAGCGGCUCUGUUUCACCAUCUCAGACUGCUGAACUGUUGCAGCAGCUUUUCCCUCCACUCUUGGACAUCCUUCGAGAGCCUAAGUCAGAACUUAGCCUGUGUCUGCCUCCAGGUCCUGCACCUGUCGCUCUGGGGCUCUGUACCCUGCAGACAACCUUGAUCUGGUUCUUGGGCAGAGCUCAGCAUCACCUGGCAGCCUGGGCCCCUGGUUCCUUCCUGCUCCUGAUCCAAAAGGAUUUGCCUCCUCUACUGCGUGCAGUGGAAGAGCUGUCCAGCCUGGCCUCAGAGGCAACCUUAACCCUGGAGGUGGAGCAGCAGCUGGGCCUAGAGAUCCAGAAGCUAACUGCAAAGAUGAAGCUCCUGCCCGAAGAGUCACUGAGUCUCUUUUUCCAAGAAUGCCAUAAACAAGCCACACAGGGCUUCAAGAUCCACAUGCCAAGGGGUCGAUACUGGAGGCUUCGACUGUGCCCUGAACAUCCCAGUGCUCCUAGUGAGUAUGCAGGGAUGGUGGUCUGCACUGUGCUGGAGCCUGUGUUGCAAGGACUGCAGGGAUUGCCACCCGAAGCCCAAGCCCCUGCCCUCAGCCAGGCACUAACAGCCAUACUGGGUGCCUGGCUUGACCACAUCCUCACCCAUGGGAUCCGGUUCAGUCUGCAGGGGGCGCUGCAGCUCAAACAAGACUUCGGAGUGGUCCGGGAGGUUCUGGACCAGGAGCAGUGGGGCCUGUCCCGGGAGCUUCGCCAGACUCUGCUCUCACUCAGCGUCUUCCAGCGGCUAGAUGGGGCCCUGCUGUGUCUACUACAGCAGCCCCUGCCCAAGAAUCCAGGCCACAGAAGACCUUCCUGUUGCUGUUUUUGUAAUGAAGUCCAGACCACUGAACUGCCCACCAGCAACCUCAACAGUCUGGAGAACUUGGCACCUCCUCUACGGCCUGGAGUCUCCCCAGCCCAGAACAUGCACCUGCUAAGCACCCUAGGAGGAGGAGGACCCAGUCCUGAGGCUUACCUGGCUGGAAACCAGCAGGCCUGGCUUGCCCUAAGGCUGCACCCGCACCCUCGGUGGCACCUAUCCUUUCUUUCCUGCCUGGGAACAAGCCCUGAGCCCUAGAUUGCCUACGACCAGGAGUUCCAAAUCGUGGGCAGUUAAGCUCCAGUCGAGGAACUGUGUGUUAGGCUUAAAACCGGGAUCUUGGGAAGACACGUAUAUAAACUACACAGUCUGGAAUUGAA